AUGUCUACUUCUCUUGUCCUGGUCACAGCCAUUUUCACAUCGCUGUCCUUUCUCCUUGUCAAACAUAUACAACGAUCUAAAAUACCUCCCUUGCCACCUGGUCCCAAAGGUCUGCCCUUCUUGGGUAACAUACGUGACCUUCCACCACCCGGCACACUAGAAUGGCCUCACUGGCAAAGCCACAAAGAGAAAUACGGCCCGAUCACUUCAGUUACUGUGCUCGGACAACGUUUUGUCAUUUUGCAUAACAGACAGGUCAUCAUGGAUCUUCUCGAGACAAGAGCCAUGAAAAGUGCUUCACGCCCCAAACUCGUCUUUGCUGGCGAUAUCCCCAAAUCCAUCACCCGAUUCGAGCCCAUUCAAGAACUAGAGAUCCUCAAGCUAUUAAAGAGACUCCAUAAAGAUCCUAAGAGUCAGAAUCUUCCGGACCAUUUGAACCAAUUAUCCGGCUCCAUCAUGCUCCGCAUUCUGUACAACUAUGAGACAGACCCCAGCAAAAGCGAUCAUAUCGUCACCACGGCUAAUCUCGUGAUGGAAGAGUUCUCUCAGGCCACGACUCCAGGUGCAUGGAUGGCAGACUUCAUCCCAUGGCUCCGACACAUUCCAGACUGGAUGCCAGGCGCUGGGUUCAAGAAGACCGCCAAACUCUUCAGGCAGCAUCUCUUGCAAAACGUUCUGGAUCCGUACCAAUACGUCAAGGAUCAGAUGGCUAAUCGUAAGGAUAAUGUUUCCUACGUUGCAGGUCUCAUAAAGGAUAUUCACCGCAAGAUCGAUGCCGAGGAAGAAAGGGUCAUUGCAUGGACUGCAGCUUCGAUGAUGAACGCAGGAACCGACACCACCGGCGCAACACUCCUCGCCUUCUUCGCAGCCAUGCUUCUAUACCCCAACGUCCAAAAAAAAGCCCAAGAAGAAAUCGACCGCAUCAUCGGAGACUCUCGCCUCCCCUCCUUCUCUGACAAGCCAGGCCUUCCUUACAUCACCGCCAUAGUCCAAGAAGUCCUCCGCUGGCACACCCUCGCUCCAAUGGGUUUCCCGCACAUGACGACUGAAGACGAUACAUACCGCGGGUACUUCAUCCCCAAGAACACUCUCCUCUUCCCAGCUGUAGCGUCUCUCACGCACGACCCUGAAGUCUACCAUGAUCCGAUGGAGUUUAAGCCUGAACGGUAUUUUGAGCCGUACAACGAACCUUCACCGUCGGAUCUUGUGUUUGGUUUUGGGAGGAGAGCGUGUCCGGGGCGGUGGAUCGCUGAGCAGACUUUAUUUUUGAGUAUUGCGCAGACAUUGGCGGUUUUUGAGAUUAAGAAAGAGACGGAUGGUGAGGGAAAUGAGAUUGAGGUUGGAUAUGACCAGUUGCCGGGUGUUAUUUCUCGUGUCAAGCCAUUCCCGCAUAGGAUCGUACUUAGGAGUGAGAAGUACAUGAAGUUUUUAGAGUAG